AACAUCAGGAAGUUCUGUGAGGACUGUUUUUCAUGCUGCCGGAGGAGGAGAAGUAAUCGAGUGGCUCCAGCCAGUGAACCAGAAGAAACAAAAGUAUCCUCCUCCGAGGACUCCUGGGAUUUGGAGACUUGGCGUUUCUGGAGGGUAUCAGCCCCGCAUCCCGACCCGGACACAAGGAGUGAGGACUCCCUUCAAGAGGAGUCCUUUGAAUCCUGGUGCACCAUCACUAAGAAGUCCGAGGAAGACCUGCGCACGGACGCACUUUGGAGCCAGCAGCCUCAGAAAGAGAAGUAACUUCUUCUCCCUUUUUGGGUGGGGGUUGGGUCUUCGCGUGGAGCUGGAGGAGUCUUUGGAUUUUAAGGCUGAGCUUGCACCUGGUCCUCCUGUCCCGUCCCGGGAGGAGCCGCGCGCCAAGCAGCAGGAGCAUCCAUCAGCAGGAGCCUCCGCCGCGCGCGCCUUGGAUGCUGGGCAAGGGCGGGGAGGCGCGCGGCCGAGGAGAUCUGCUGCCCGGCGCCCUCCGAAGAGGGCUCGCAUGGGCACCAAGCACUCCUCGCGCUGCCUGCUCCUCCGGAGGAAGAUGGCGGAGAGCGCGGCGACGGAAAGCGCUGAG